CUCUACUGUCCUUCACAGCAAAACCCACAACUCCAACCCGCCGUGUUUUUCUCUCCGCAAUGCAACCGCCGACCACCCGCAACGUGGCGGUGAUCGGCGCCGGAGCAGCAGGCCUGGUCGCCGCGCGGGAGCUCAGGCGAGAAGGCCACAAAGUCGUAGUCUUUGAGCGAGGAGACCAAGUUGGUGGCACUUGGGUCUACACUCCAGAAGUGGAGUCGGACCCAAUUGGGCUGGACCCAGAUAGAGCCACGGUCCACUCGAGCAUGUACCAGUCGCUCAGGACCAACCUCCCCAGAGAGGUCAUGGGUUUCCGGGACUACCCAUUUGUGGCCAAGGCAAAGGAAGGAGAUGGUGAGAGAGACCCGAGAAGGUUUCCGUGUCACAGAGAGGUGUUGAUGUAUUUGAAGGAGUUUGCUGAUGAGUUUGAGAUUUGUGAGAGUGUGAGGUUUGAGAGGGAGGUGGUGUUUGUGGGUUUGGUGGAGGGUGGGAAAUGGGAGGUGAAGACUAGGAGUAAGAGAGGUGAGAAUUUUGAUGAUGUUUAUGAUGCUGUGGUGGUCUGCAAUGGCCAUUAUUCUCAGCCUCGCAUUGCCCAUAUUCCAGGUAUUGAUACAUGGAAAGGGAAGCAAAUUCACAGCCAUAAUUAUCGUACUCCUGAGCCAUAUCGAGACCAGGUUGUAAUCUUAAUAGGAAGCUCUGCCAGUGCUGUUGAUAUUUCUCGGGACAUGGUAGGAGUUGCCAAAGAAGUCCACAUUGCAUCUAGAUCUCUUCCUGAUGAAACAUUUGAAAAGAUGUCUGGCUAUGAUAACAUGUGGCUUCAUUCUAUGGUCAAAAGCAUCAAUGAAGAUGGUGUUGCCGUUUUCCCAGAUGGGAGUGCUGUCCGUGCUGAUAUCAUUCUUCACUGCACAGGGUACAUUUACGAUUUUCCUUUCUUGGAAACCAAUGGCACUGUGACUGUGGAUGACAACCGUGUGGCGCCACUAUACAAGCAUGUCUUCCCACCAGUCUUGGCUCCCUCACUAUCCUUUGUUGGGUUACCAUGGAAGGUUGUUCCUUUCCCAUUGUUUGAAUUACAAAGCAAGUGGAUAGCAGGUAUUUUAUCUAAUCGAAUUACACUUCCAUCUGAAGAGGAGAUGAUGGAGGAUGUCAGAGCAUUCUACAGUUUACUUGAAUCUUCUGGCAUACCUAAACGAUACACUCAUAACAUGGGUGAUUACCAGUUUGAAUAUGAUGAUUGGCUUGCUGCUCAGUGUGGUUGUCCAGUAUCUGAAGAAUGGAGAAAGCCAAUGUACUUGGCAGCUUCAAAGAAUAGGCGUGCCCGACCAGAAACAUACCGGGAUGAGUGGGAAGAUGACCAUUUAGUCUUGCAAGCUCAUGAAGACUUCAAGAAAUGCACCUCACAUGCAGUCAGCCGUGGAUAAUUGAUAUCAAAUGUUGUGUAUAUUUUUGUUGUGUUCCUUGUCUCUGGGAUACGAUCAUGAUUAGAUUUGAGCUUUCCCAUCCCGGGUUCAAGUCACGGUGUUAUACCAUGUAGUUUUACUCCAUAAGAUAUUGACCAUGAGUUAAAAGUUGAUGAAUAAAACUAUAGAAGUCUAGCUGCUUUGUUUGCUG